UGGGCCAUGGACACCCGGCCCAUUAAUAUUCUGAAUCGGAUCCCAAAUUUGACAAUGGUACAGAAAAAGCCCUAAUUCUACUCUUCUUCUUCUUCUUCUUCUUCUUCUUCUUCUCCCCAUUAUCUUUAUCGUUCUCCCGUACUCAGAGUCCCCACUCUCGUUGUCGACGACCACCAUCGCCAAUCUAAAAGUCUCAGAUUAUUACUGAGAAAGUGCCUCAAAAUGAGUGGACCAACCAAGAAAGUCGUUGAUGUUGCCUUUAAGGCUUCAAGGAACAUUGACUGGGAUGGUAUGGCCAAACUUCUCGUCACCGAAGAGGCUCGCAAAGAGUUUGCCACGCUCCGCCGUGCCUUCAAUGAGGUCAACACAACUCUUCAAACAAAGUUUAGCCAGGAGCCCGAACCUAUUGACUGGGAAUAUUACAGGAAAGGGAUCGGAUCUCGCUUGGUGGAUUUGUACAAGGAGUCUUAUGACAGCAUCGAAAUCCCGAAGUAUGUAGAUACCGUCACUCCUCUUUACAAGCCCAAAUUUGAUUCAUUGUUGGUGGAAUUGAAGGAAGCAGAGGAGAAAUCUUUUAAGGAAUCGGAGCGUUUAGAGAAGGAGAUUGUUGAAGUUCAAGAGCUGAAGAAAAAGAUAAGCACCAUGACUGCAAAUGAAUACUUUGAGAAACAUCCCGAGCUGAAGAAGAAAUUCGAUGAUGAAAUCCGAAACGACUACUGGGGCUACUGAGGAAGAAACAAACAUGCAUUUUCUCCAUCUUGCUUAUAUAAUUUGGUGUCCUUGUCUGUCUGUCAGUCUCAUCAUCCUUUAAUAAUAAUAUACAUAACCAAAUUGUUUUCUUUGUAAUUUUGGUGACUACUGCAUCUCCAUCGAAAAUUUAGGGCAAUCGAUCCUGUUUCCUCUCGUAAUCGUUGGACAAAUUGCUUGGAUGUGCAAAAAUAUUUUGGUUGUGAUUGGAAUUUUUUGUUUCGCAAAAUAAUUCGGUCGAAUUCAUCAACAGUUUUAUUGAAUUGAGUAGUUUGAUUGAUCA